AUGCUCAGAACGAGCAGAAAUCUCCAUCCGCGCACCGCGCAACAAACCACCACGCUGGCUUCACCGGAAUCGCCGUCCCCGCUCCUCCACACACAGCGCCAGCGCAGAGAUACUGGCGACAUCCGCGCGAGGAGCUCGUCCGUCAGCAUCAGCCAGGCUCGGGGAGAGGAGGAGGAGGACAAGCAGCCUGCGGGCUUUGCGGGUAUCAAGAUGCUGCCGCAGAUGGUAGCGGGCAAGGGAGGCUACUCGUGGAAGGCGGCGAAGGCGAGGAUACCGCCGUACAGGCAAAUCACACAUAGAGUCCGGAGUCCGAAGUUUCUGGUGCCGCUGGCGAUUGUCACGGCGGUCGUGCUGCUAUGGCGGUCUAUGGGCAGCGCCGCGAGUGAGGUGCAGAGAUUCUACUGCUUCGGCCCGUCAAAACCUCCCAUGCGAAUGACGCCAAACGAGAACGAAGAAUGGUACGGCCACCUCACAACACCGGUCAUAUUCAACCACCGCAAGGCGAUCGAGAUCAAUAGCACCGAGAUACAGCACAUCAACCUCGACCCUAUCAAGUCGACUGUAGACGCGGCACGGAACAAGGAGAAGGUCCUCAUCCUGACACCGCUGCGCGAUGCUUCCUACUACCUCGCGAAACACUUCGACCUCCUCACGCAACUUACGUACCCGCACGAGCUGAUCGACCUGGCCUUCCUGGUCGGCGACACCACGGAUGACACCAUGGCAGCGCUGGCAAUGGAGCUCGAGAGGGUGCAGAACAACCCGGACAUUGCGUUCAGGUCGUCUAUGAUCGUGGAGAAGAGCUUCGGCGUGACAACCGGACAGAGCGUGGAAGAACGACACGGCUUUGCUGCGCAAGGGCCGCGGAGAAAGGCUAUGGGCAAGGCGAGGAAUUACCUGCUCUCGGCGGCGAUGAAGCCUGAUCAUAGCUGGGUGUACUGGAGAGAUGUGGAUAUUGUCGAGAGUCCGCCCAACAUCAUUGAGGACUUUGUCAUGCAUGAUAGGGAUAUCCUAGUUCCCAACAUUUGGUUCCACAGGUACAAGGAGGAGAAAGGCAAGAUGGUCGACAUUGAAGGCCGCUUCGACUACAACUCCUGGCAAGAAUCUCCAGAAGCCCUCAAACUCGCCGCCACGCUCGACAAGGACGUCGUCCUUGCCGAAGGCUACAAAGAAUAUAAAACAAACCGCAUCUACAUGGCGAAAAUGGGCGACCGCCACGACGACCCGCACGAAGAAAUCCCCCUCGACGGCAUCGGCGGCGUCAACAUCGUGGUAAAGGCCGACGUGCACCGCUCCGGCAUCAACUUCCCCGCAUACGCAUUCGAGAACCAGGCGGAGACGGAGGGGUUCGCGAAGAUGGCAAAGAGGGCUGGGUAUGGCGUGUACGGACUGCCGAAUUAUGUUGUCUGGCAUAUUGAUACGGAUGAGAAGCCUGGCAACGCUUAAGAGAGCAUAAAUCCAUGGCGAGGAGGAUAAAAUAUGUAUGAUGAUACGGAACAAGGAGAUCAAACAAGCGCAGUAAGACGCAUAUGACGGAGUUCUGGUUGUUUGAUUAUCACUCACAUAGACGGGGAGGACGAGCGUGGCUUGUGCAAGCUCUUAGCGUAGCGAAGCAUUCGCAUACUGUACAUUGAUAAGACGGGACGGAAAAGCUGGCUCUGGGAGCAUCGAUCUGUUCUCUGUAGAC